GUCAAAUACCAGCAGCCAGGAGGAAGAGCGGGUCGCCUCGACAAAAAAAAAGAAAAAAAAACCGGGUCCUUGGUCAGAGUUGAAGUGGCACCGGAUUCUGUCACGCCGGGCACCGGCCGGCGACGCCGUUGACGGGCCGAGUUUAAUUAUACGACUCGACACCGGCUGAGAAAGCUGCGCUAUAGUUGUAGUGUACCAAAACAGUGGCCAGGCGAUGACCUGCCUGCGGUCAGCUCCCGCUUCCUCCUGCCCACCCACCACACGCGGUUUUGGUCAGUACUAGUAGCAGUACGAGUCCGAGGGGAGGCUGCUUGACUGCGUCUCAGUUCAUCUCGUCGUAGAUGACAUAACAUAAGCGCGACCUCCCUAGCUGGUCCUCUCUCUCGCCCGCGCGCCGCGCUCGCGCACAGCCACCGGCCGUGGUGGGGGGUGGAGGGUCGGCGACGGCGGCGGAAGCUCCAGCCUCCAGCCAUGGUCUGGCUACUGAUCGCCGGUCAGAAGCUCUUACUACUUGUUGCUUCCACCCUAGUCCUACAUCAUAGUACUACCACCUAUGUCGCUGCGUCUGCUGGGAGCAUCAGCAUGGCCUGGCCUGGCUGCCCAGAUAAGUGUGGCAACGUCAACAUCCCGUACCCGUUUGGUACCAGAGAAGGCUGCUUUCGAGAACCCUUUAAUGUCACAUGCAAUGAGACCGGGGCGUAUCUGGCCUCAACCGAAGUUAGGGUACUGGACAUCAAUCUUACCGUGGGUGAGAUUCGUGUUCUGAACCCACACAUAUCAUGGGAAUGCAACUACACCAACGGCACCAGUGGCAACGGUUCGGAUGGCUUAAGCCUUGAUCCUUUUCAUAAGCUUUCCAACACCAAGAACAAGUUGAUAUCGAUCGGUUGUGCUACACUUGGAUUGAUCUUAGGAGUCACCAAGGGCAAGAACCAGCUUGAGUUCCCCAUUGUUAACACAUGCUAUUCAGUCUGCACUGAUGCAAAUAGCACGGAUGAUAGCACAAAGUGCGUUGGCAUGGGUUGCUGCCAAACCCCCUUGCCAGGAAACAUUAGCUCCUUCAACACCGUAUCUUCAUCAUUAACAUUUAAAGACUCUACAAGCCAGUCUUUCAGCCCGUGCAGCUACUCAUUCGUCGCUGAGGAGGACCGGUUCAAGUUCGAUCGUUCAUAUGUCAUCUCUACAAAUUUCUUAAAUAAAUAUACAGAUGGGGUCCCUUUGGUACUUGAUUGGGUUGUUGGUGAUGAAAGUUGUUCGGAAGCCACCAAGAUGGGAUCACAGUAUGCCUGCAAAGACAUGAACAGUAAAUGUGUCGAUGUGUCCAAUGGCCCUGGAUACCGCUGCAACUGCUCUGAAGGUUAUGAGGGUAAUCCCUAUCUACAAGGAGGGUGCCAAGACAUCAACGAGUGUGAACCUCCAAACCAGUCCUUGUAUCCUUGCCGAGGUAAAUGCACAAAUACCGUUGGAAACUACACCUGUUUCUGCGCAUCAGGAUUCAGGAGCGAUGAUCCAAAGAGCAUACCCUGCGUUCCCGCUGACCCAAAGAAAGCUCUUAAGGUGGUCUUAGGCAUAUCCUUCAGUGCCAUCUUCCUCAUGGUUUGUAUCUUUGCUCUACGAGCUGAGUACCAGAAAAGGAAGCUUGCGAAGGAGAAGGACAAGUUCUUUGAUCAGAAUGGUGGUCAGAUAUUAUAUCGCCAAAUUAUGUCAAAACAAGUCGACACACUGAAGAUAUUCACUCAAGAAGAUCUGAAGAAGGCUACAAACGAUUUUGACAAGAGCAGAGAACUGGGCAGGGGUGGUCAUGGCACUGUCUACAAGGGCAUUCUGAAGGAUGACAGGGUAGUGGCCGUGAAACGCUCAAAGAUAAUGAACGUGGCCGAAACUGAUGAAUUUGUGCAGGAGAUUAUUAUACUUUCACAGACCAACCACCGGAAUGUGGUCAGGCUUCUAGGGUGUUGCUUGGAAGUGGAGGUCCCCAUACUGGUCUAUGAAUUCAUCCCAAAUGGCACUUUGUUUGAGUUCAUCCAUCGUAGCUAUGGGAGUCCACCUCCCUCACUGGACACCCGUCUUAGGGUCGCUCAAGAAUCUGCCGAAGCACUGGCGUAUCUGCAUCUGUCCAUGAACCACCCUAUAGUGCACGGGGAUGUCAAGUCUAUGAACAUUCUCUUGGACGACAACUACAUGGCCAAGGUGACUGACUUUGGGGCAUCAAGGACACUCCCCAAGGACGCGGCCCAGUUCAUGACAUUGGUGCAGGGCACCCUGGGUUACCUGGACCCCGAGUACCUGCAGGAGCGGCAGCUGACAGAGAAGAGCGACGUCUACAGCUUCGGGGUUGUGCUGCUGGAGCUGAUCACAGGGAAGACGGCUAUCUACAACGACGGGCCCAAGGAAGGCAAGAGCCUUGUUUGGUCCUUCCUGCUCGCAAUGAAGGAGGAGAGCCUCGAGGACAUCCUGGACCCGAGCAUCGUGCGCGCGGGGACGGAGACGCUGCUGGGAGAAGUGGCCGAGCUGGGGAGGAUGUGCUUGGGCCCCAUUGGUGAAGAGAGGCCUUCCAUGACCCAGGUGGCUGACAGGCUGAAGGCUCUUCGAAGCACCUGGAGGGAAGAACUGGUGCUGGACCGUGCCGUAACGGAGCAUAUGGUCGUGCACAUGCCACCUGCAGCAGCUCCGAUGCCUUGGGAUCUCGCGUCGUCGUCGUCGGGAGCCCCCUCGACGGUGCCGUACAUGUCUGGAAUGGGCAUAGAGGCUCCCAGAUGAUAUAGUUUCAUCUGAUCCCUCCUUUGGAGCAGUAGUGCCAGGAGAAAGUGUGUGCCUUAGAGCCUUAGAGCUUCAUGGUUUAUAGUGUCCAGCAGAUAUGUACAGGUAGCUGUGCUGUGUUAGAGGUACCAAUUACUAUGUAAGUACAAGUUGGAAUUUGUUGUGUGUUCAGUGUUGUGUGUUUCUGUGUGGAGUUGUCCAUGACAUUUGACUUGUCAGUGUGAAGGAGCACAAAAAUCUAGUUUCCAGUAUGAGAAUUCUCAUGCAAUGUUGUUCAACUA